AUGGCAAACAACGGAAAAAAGAUGAUCGACAUCAAGGACAUGCAUCCCAUGCAAAUAAACUCGCUCAAGCAGCAGCUUGAUAAUGAGAUCGGCUUACUCGAAUCAUCCAUCGUCGAUCUGAACAAUGCCAAAAAUAAGUUUGCAGUUUGUACCGAGACUUGCGGAAACUUUGAUUCAAUCGAGAAUGGGACGUCGAUUAUGGUGCCACUGACCAGUUCUUUGUAUGUGCCGGGAAAGGUAGUAAACAACAACGCCUUUUUGGUUGACAUCGGAACUGGUUACUUUGUUGAGAAGGAUCGCAAGUCCACGGUAGACUACUUUAACAGGAAAGUUAAGUUUCUCAAUGAACAAAUUGAAAAGUUUGCCAAAAUGUUACAAGAGAAACUUGCCAUCAGGCAGAGUAUUAUUGAAGUGUUCCAACAAAAGGCAGCUAUGAUGCAGCAACAGCAACUGCAACAACAGCAGGCUCAGAAAGCAUAA